UCUAAUCGCGCGAUUCGUUCUAGCGCGCGCGCUACAUUCGCGUCAAGAAAAAGACAGAAAUACUAGCGUUGACUUAUUCGAUCAGGCAGUCGAUCGCGGAACGCUCAGAAGAAAGAUGUCGUAUUUCGGAACGAAACUUACACUUUUUAUGAUCGCGUGUGGCCUUGUUCUUGGUCAAAGUGAUAAUCAACAGGCCAAUGAUCCAGACAGGAUCUUUUUUCCUGAAUCAACCAGUCUAAAUGCCGCAGAUAAUAUAAAAAGAUCUACAGCAAGGUCGAGACCGGAUGACAACGUACUCUUGGCUUCAUUAAAAAUCGCUCAACGAAUAAAUUCGAUCGAAUCUUAUGAAGAGUUCCUCGAGUUUGUCAAUGUUCCAGAGGAUAAAAAAAUUCAUAUAGCUGGUAGAAUAGGAAAUAGCGAAGAAAGAUCGAAUGCAGAACGACCGAAGCCGGCUAAUUGUAUGCCAGAAUUACAAGCAGUAUCCUUGAGACAAGAAAAUAGACCUUCUACAUUUUAUUAUCCAUCUUGUACGAGAAUCAAAAGAUGCGGUGGAUGUUGUGGGCAUUAUCUACUAACGUGUCAACCUGUUGCAUCAGAAAUUCGAAAUUUCGAGGUAAUAGUCUCAGAAAUCGGUGAAGAUUUACAAGUAACAUAUAAAGGUAAAGAAAUUGUGGCAUUGGAGGAACACACGAAAUGCAAAUGUGAUUGCAAAGUUAAGCCAGAGCACUGCAAUGAAAAGCAAGUCUACGAAAGGGACGAAUGUAAAUGCGCUUGUAUAAAUACUGACGAAGAAGAAAAAUGCAAGGCAAAUAACAACAUUAAACUUUGGGAUAGUGAAGUCUGUACUUGUGCCUGUAGGGAGAUCGAAGAGUGUUCAACUGGGUCCUAUUUCGACCACAAUACGUGCAGGUGUCAAAGAGUUCCAAUAUUCUCACAGUUUGGAGAUUUAUCUAAAAAGAUGGGAUACAGAUUUGGGCAAACUCAAAGACCUGAAAGCGUACCACCUGUGAUAGUGACUUUAGAUGCCUCAGAUCCAAGGCGGAAACAGAAAGAUGAUCCUGAAUAUUAAUGAAAAUGAAAUUAAUUGAACUAUACGAUAUGACCAAUGAUAGAUAACUUUUUACAUGGCCACGCUUAUAUUUAUGAGACUCUCAUACUCAUAUCAUUUUGUUAAGCUAUAAGAUAUACGUUUAGUAUAUAUUUAUAUUUUAAGUAUUAUCUAUUUAUCCAUUGUUAUGCAGAUUAAUAGACUGCAUUUUCACAUAUCAUAGAACAUUGUGAUAUGAAUAUAAAUAUAAAUAAUUGUAUAAAG